AUGGCGCAGAAACGAGGGUGUGACCUUGAAUAUUGUGCAUUUAUCCGCCAAAGAAUCACCUUAUCCCGCGGGCAAGAUCGCGAACAAGACGUCACCUCGGUGGUCCAACAGCGAGAAUGCUAUGUCCGAAGCCUGCGGAGACCGACACGCGCCGCUCUAGCUGUAGCCGAAGCCUCCCGAGUGCUCCCGGUUGGUCGGAUACGCUCAACCCAUCAACCACCUCCUCAAGCUUUAAACUGCGCGAACCGCACGUCUCGAUGGUGCAGCAACGUCACCCCCGACCUUUCUCAACUGCGACCAAGGUCCACCCGGCGCAUCUCGCUGAAUUCCAUUUGCAUUAUUCCACCCGACGACGAAUGCCGUCGCGAUGGAUUUCGCUCGCCUCCCGAACGUCUAUACUCACGAUUGAAAAGGCUCACGUCAGUAGCCGCCCUGGCUGUGGCAGGAUACGGCAUCAACGCCUACGUGCUGCAGGCGCGUGAUCGCCGCUUAGCCGAGGCCCGCCAAGCCGAGCAAAUGGACCUCGAACGAAGGCGGCAGUACGAAGCAUUGGCAGACGUCUAUGGUGGACGCUCAACACUUGAAGAGCUGGAACAGGCCGUGGCACACUAUGAGAAGAAAUGA